AUGUAAAAAUAAUAAGUUGAAUAGCAAGAUGGUUUUGUGAGUUUUAUGCUGGAAAAAGAUGAUUCUUAACUAAUUAAUCCUGAUGAAACAUUUCUCAAGGAAAGCAAUAAUUAAGACUAUUAUUUGUAAUUGAGUCGACAGUUUUAUGGCUAAAGUCAAAGAAAGGAUAGUAAAUAUGUUACAAUAACUAAAGCGACAAAAUCUACAUAGAUAAAUCCAGGUGUGUUGAAACAAAAGAUUAUAUAAAGAGUGAUCAAUACAAAUGCAUAAAGAGGAAAAUUCGCUGCUUCCGUGCCGACUGUCAGUGAAUAAUUGUAAAAGGUAUUAAUCUAAAAGCUCUUAUCGUCAAGUAAACCUAAAAAGUAACCUAACAUCUAAACUCCCUAAAACCAUAAAUUUACUUUAAACAAAUAUAUUAGCUAAAUUAAAAAUUCUAACAUCCAACAGCAUCCUUUUAAGCUUAAUUUACCUGUCACAAAUAAAAAAAUAAAUAUCUAUGAACCCAGAACCCAUAGACUUAGAAUAGAAGAUUCUAACCAAGACCAAUUUAAUCAAUUUACAUAGAAUUCCCAUAGAAGCACACUAAAUAGCAGUACAAAGAGCACAACAAAAUUAGAAAAAAAUUACGAUAUAUCUUAUCCAAUUAAAACUGAAGCAGGAGAUGACAAUAAAAUAAAUAUAUUCAAGAUUUCAUAUAGAAAUAAAUAAAAAUGA